GUGGCCAAGGAGCGAAUGACCAGGCAGCAUCGCCCCGAGGCCAACCGGCACACGCUGUCCCCACAGACAGCGGCUCCUAUAGGGGCGGCGGAAGGCGCGAGCUUGGCUGCGAUGGCUUUAGUCUUGAGAGUGGUCAUGCAAUUCGUUGGACUUGUACUGUCUGCGCUGGGAUGGGUUUUAUCCAUGAUCACAACUUACCUGCCGCACUGGAAGAACCUGAACCUGGAGCUGAACGAGAUGGAGAACUGGACCCUGGGCCUGUGGCAGGCCUGCGUCGUCCGGGACGAGGUGGGGAGGCAAUGCAAGGACUUCGACUCCUUCCUGGCCCUGCCCGUGGAGCUCCGGGUCUCCAGGAUCCUCAUGUUCCUGUCCCACGGGCUGGGGCUCCUGGGCCUGCUGGUCUCAGGGUCUGGGCUGGACUGCCUGAGAGUCGGAGAGAGACAGCGCAAGUGCAAGAAGUGGCUGCUGAUCCUGGGAGGGGUCCUGUUCUGGACGGCGGGCGUCGGGGUCCUGGUGCCGGUCUCCUGGGUCGCCCACGUGACCGUGCAGGAGUUCUGGGACGAGACCCUCCCGGAGGUGGUGCCCAGGUGGGAGUUCGGGGAAGCCCUCUUCCUGGGCUGGUUCGCUGGGUUCUCUCUCCUCCUCGGGGGCUGCCUGGUAACCUGGGCCGCCUGCUGCUCCCAGGCUCCGCUGGCUGCAGGCCGCUACGCAGCGGCAGACACACAGGCACAGUGUCCAUGCCUGGAAAAUGGGACUGCGGCUCCGAAAGUGUGACUUGGACAAGAGCAGGGAGCCCUCUUUUCCGCACCAACGGUGCUGUAGGUCCGCACGGGAAAAGGGGUCUUUGUUACGUAACUAAAUCUGUGCUGCUCAUUUUUUCUCAUAUAAUAAUUACUUUUUUAUCCUAGAUCUCCCCUUCCCCCCAAAAAUCUGGAGAAGAGGCAGUCUCAUAUCUACAAGAAAAUUACUAUGUUAAGCAUUACAUAGGUCUGAGCAAGAAAAAAAGUAAUUGAUCUGGUUAUUUAAAUAAAACUGGUGGUGGUUGUCCAAUAUGGUCCGUAUUAAGUUUUAAUGUGUUUAUUUUACAUUAGAAUCGUUUUUGUUUGUUUUUGUUGGUAACCGGAAAUAAUAAUUACUUUGUUUCCUAAAGAGAAAAACUAACAAACUGAGACUCUGCAUUGGCAAAGCCACAGGUUAAACUCAUUUGAAAAUGUAAUUUCCACAACAGUGACUUUGUUCUCUGAUCAGAGGUGGUUUGUGUUUAGGAAAUUACAAGGCAACGGGUGUGAGUGACAGGGUUUAUGAGGCUAAAAGGUUUUUACAUUACGAUGCUCUCAGAUUCUAAAUACUGGCCAAUUUCCUCUCUUGUCUCAUCCCUCAAAGGCUUCAUAUUAAAAAGUUAAACAAUGAAAAACUUUUGCUUGAUAUUGAGAUAGUGACAGUUCACUUGCCCUGAGAAAAACUUUCCUUUGUUCAAUUAAAAAUUACAAGCUUU